GGUCGUGAAAAAUUAAAAACAGUAGGAAAUAAACAUAAACAAAAAAUAAAGCGUUUAUUAAGUAGACUGUCUUUAGAGGUUUUUCGCUAGUAAUUUAAUAAUUUUCUAAUACAAUUAUUUAUGUCGAGAUAAAAUGGUUUGCUGUGCUGUAUCGAAUUGUAAAAACACUUCGGUAAAAACAUCAAAAAAUAAAGAUGGAAUUACAUUCCACAGGUUUCCUCGUGAUAAGGAGAGACGGAGACAGUGGGAGAGGGCAAUGAACAGGGAGGAAGAAUGGAGAUCAAGUCCUUUUAGUGCAGUAUGCUCGGAACAUUUUGGUUGCACUGACUUUUAUCUAACUGACAGUGGGCUACGAAGACUAUCUGUUAAUGCCGUGCCUUGCAUUAACAUAUCUCCAUGCCAAGAGCCAGUGCCAACAAUUUCAAGACUACCACCAGUGUACAUAGAUCCAUCAGACACAGAAGAAGUCAUCAAAUUGAAAAACAAAGUUCGGAGAUUAGAAAUGAUAGCCGAGAGCAGGAAACACAAACUCAACCUCGUGUGGCAGAGCAGGAGGAGGUUAAAGAAAAAGUUAGAGUGUAUGAAAUGUAUGGUCAAACAUUUAAUUAAAAUAAAGGACAGUACAAGCUUAGCGGAACAAUAUAAUUGUGAAGUUUCUCAUUGAGGCUAAUGUUAUGAAAGUAAAUAUUUAAUCUGAGCAGCAUAUUAUAUAUGUGCACAGGAAUGCCAAACUUAAAUGCUGUCAUUCAUAAUAUAAGGGGCCAUCCAUAAAGUACGUCACACGUUAAUGGGGAGGGAGGGUAUCACCGAAGUGUGACAUCGUGUGACAAGGGGCAUGGGGGGGUCAAUACUUUUGUGACGUCACAUGUUAAAAUUUAAAAUACUAAAACGCAAAGUUUGUAUGUGAAUUAAAAAUUUUAAAAAUUUACAAACUUGAUCUAUAUUUAUUAAUAAUUUAGCAUUCUCGCUGAAAAUAGCUGUUUUCUCUCGAUUAUUUUUAAAUACAUAUAUAAAUUUAAAAAAUGUGUGACGUCACAUCAGGAGGGGGGGGUUAUAAAAAUGUGACAACCUGUGACAAGGAGGGGGGGAGGGGUUCAAAAGUCCUAAAAUUCGUGUGACGUACUUUAUGGAUGGCCCCUAAUAUAUAAUUUUAUAUAAUGAACAAAUUCUUACACUUAUAACAUGUAAAUCUCUAGUGAGACAUGUUCCUCUUCUUACUUCAAAUUACUUGACGGAACCAAUCUGUCCCACAAUACAACACAGAGAUAUCAGGAAAUUGCUUACUUACAAUAUAAGUAUUAAUUUAAAAUAUGUAAAGGCUAUGCAUAUAAUAGUUGUAAGAUUUAAAAUUUUGUACAUUGAACAUUUAUUUUAAUAAUUAUAUUAUCAAUAAUUAAAUUUCACAUAUUUUUAUGUCAAAAAACUUGGUGUUUUUUAUUUAUUUGUUUAUCACGUUUUUUUUUUAAUUUAUUUAGUGUUAUAUUUAAUUUUUCAAUACCUUAUUCCUGUUAAGUUUGGCUGUUUUUAUUUAUUGUUUUAAAAUAUAGAGGAACGCACAGCACAUCUGAAUGUGAGUGGUCAACAAUGUUCAUGGACAUGUCAGGGGCAUAGCCCGCAAAAUUAUAAUUUGCGUAAUUACUGGUGGUAAGACCUCUUGUGAGUCCGCACGGGUAUGUACCACCACCCUACCUAUUUCUGCCGUGAAGCAGUAAUGCGUUUCGGCUUGAAGGAUGGGGCAGCCGUUGUAGUUAUACUGAGACCUUAGAACUUAUAUCUCAAGGUGGGUGGCGCAUUUACGUUUUAGAUGUCUAUGGGCUCCAGUAACCACUUAACACCAGGUGGGCUGUGAGCUCGUCCAUCCAUUUAAGCAAUAAAAAAUCAAAUAAAAAAAGAGCUCUUGCCUUGCUAUGUUCUUGGGACUAAUUUUAAACCACAUGUGAACAAGGACAUGUCAGAGCAAUCAAGACAUUGCGAGCUCAUUUCAGAGCUGGAUGGCGUGUGUCAAAAAAGAUGUCCGUCAUUGAAAUGUGUAUGAGGGAAGUGCUACCAGAGAGUACGGAUGAACUGCUUCGGCCGCGAGGAGUUCCACGGCAUGGGGGUGGAGGAAUCAACUCUUGACAAUUUCUGAGAACAAUAUAGAACACGGUUUGUUGUUGAAACUUGCAAACCGCGUCUCCUAUUGACCGUCGUAAUACAACUUGUACCGAGACAACACAACUGAAGCGUGAGACUUGCGACAACAGUGUACUUAGUGCGAGUUUUUUAACGUUCUCGGUAUCGAAUAAGUUAACUCAAUUUGUAUGGAGUUGAAACAUCUGCCUACGUUUGCCGCUAGGGGCGCUGUUCCAACUGCAUACAAAAUUGGGCUAACUUUAACGCUAUCGAGAACGUUAAAAAACUCGCACUAAACACACAGAGCGUGCUGCGCCUCUAUCUCCAAGGGAUAAGUUGCUGGAAUCCGCAUUCAUUUCUUUACUAUUCAUUUCUUAUUUCUGGGAGUCCUCAACAGAGCGAAGCGGUGCUUCACGUAUAGAAAAAGACUUUUGCCUUAUAAAGCACGAGUCCGGCCUCACGUGGAGUACUGCUCCGGGGCUCCCAAAUACCAGCUACUUCCAUUUGACUCCAGAACUCCAGAAGGGGGCCGUUCGUAUUGUCGAUAAUCCCAUUCUCACGGGUCGUUUGGAACCUCUGGGUCUGCGCAGGGAUUUCGGUUCCCUCUGUAUUUUCUGCCGUAUGUUCCACGGGGAGCGCUCUGAGGAAUUGUUGGAGAUGAUAUCAUCAUCUCGUUUUUACCAUCGCACCGCCCGCCACCGGAGUAGAGUUCAUCCAUACUACCUGGAGACACUGCGUUCAUCCACAGUGCGUUUCCAGAGAUCUUUUUUGCCACGGUCCAUCCGGCUUUGGAAUGAGCUCCCCUCCACGGUGUUUUUUGAGCGGAAUAACAUGUCCUUCUUCAAACGAGGCUUGUGGAGAGUAUUAAACGGUAGGCAGUGGCUUGGCUCUUCCCUUCCAUUGCUGAAGUCCAUGGGCGACGGUAACCACUCACCAUCAGGUAGGCCGUAAGCUCGUCUGCAAAUUUAAAAUAGUACAAUAGAUCAUUAAUUUGUAAAAUAACAUGUAUAGGAAAACCCGUGUAUAUCUUUUCAAUAAAACAACUGCGACUUGCA